AUGGACAGUGACAUCUUGUCUUCCUGUUCUGCUGCUCCAGACACCUUUUCACAUGAAUCUUCCCUUCUCUCUCUCUUCUCUCCCCAAUAUGUUUCCUGUGAUGACAAUGCCAGUAUGUCUCUGCUGAAAAUACUGAAAGACAUGACAUGAAUCCUAACCCCUGUCUCUUCCCUUCUCUCCCCCUAAGUUUUGAUGUGGAGAAUGGGCUGCCGGUGGGACACAGCCCUGUGGACCCCCAGGCCAGCCCCAGCUCCGGCCUGGUCCUGCAGGCCAACUACCCCCACAGCCAGCGCCGCGAGUCCUUCCUCUACCGCACCGACUCCGACUUCGACCUCUCACCAAAAGCCAUGUCCCGCAACUCCUCCACGGCCAGUGAGCAGUAAGUACCAUUGGACCAAUGUGAUGCAUGACCCUCCUAACCUCUUCUCCAGGCCCUUUCCUUUUUCCACUAUCUCUCUCUCUAUCUCUCUCUCUCUCUCACUCUCUCUCUCUCUCUCUCUGUCUCUCCCUCUCUGUUUUACUCUUUCUGUCCUUCUGUCUCUCUUUUUGCCGUUGUUGCUCUUCCCCCACCCUUGAUGUUUUACUAACCAAUACAUGUCUACUCUCUCCAUAUUUAUACUGUCAUAGCUAACCCUUCAACUAUGAUUCCUGCAGAGAUCCCUAAAAACAUAACCUUCCUGUCUCGUAUUGUUGAUGUUUGUUUCUGGAGGUCGGAGGCCGUGUCACGGUCAGUUUACCCAUGUUAAGUCUAGCUUAGUCACUGGACUCUCGCUCUAUGUCUUUAAUGGGAAGAGGGCUUGAAGCACUGGGAAGUCGGUUGGCUGCCGUGGUGAGAGAUGCGUGUGACACAUUUUUUCUAUUUUACUUCCCCUUUAAGGACCCACUGCGUUUGCAGGUUUCAGACACUUCCUGUCCUCACAAACCCCUUAACCCCUCCACACACCCCCACUCACCUCCUGCCCCAACACAUAACCUUUAACCACCCUGCCCAUACACACACACACACACACACACACACACGUACACAACCCUCACCCCCCUUUCCUCCCAAACCAUCCCAAAAAGAAAAACCCCACAGGACUUGCAUCUGAGUUGGGUCUGUUACUGUUUGUGUGCUGCAUGGAGAGCCUGAGGCCUAUUAUCUUAACAGAAAGGCUCGACCACAAGACGACACAUUAUGUGCAUGAUGAUGCCCCCAGAGCACAGUUUCAAAGGAUUUUGUUUGUUUUUCCCACAGUUCUCACAGUCAGUUGUGUGCAUGUCACUUGUUUCUUCUCCAUGUGUCCAAUGUGUUAACUGAUGCAGGAUAUAUGGAUGUUCAGGCUGCAUUUAGGACGCCCAUUGCUUUACACUCAGGGCGUACCAUAGAACCACAGUAUAUAUUAUAUCAAUAUUGCCCUUGUAACAUGGUGAUAUUCAGUUCUUCACCUAUUUGUUGAAGAUGUAGUAUCUAACCCAGUGUUUUUGUUUUCUUCUGUCAUUUCAGACAUGGAGAAGACAUGAUUGUGACACCAUUUGCACAGGUCAGUGCUAUGUUCAUGCGUUCGUUCUUUAAAUACAUAGUAAUACGCUGUAUUAUUGUGUACAGUACAGUGAGCCAGCCUUCUGUACUUCUUGCGUGAUAAAUCAUAUGAUGCACAGUGCUGUCUUGGUGGGGUUUUAAGAGGUAGGGCACCAUUCAUUACACACAAACACACACACAUUAAAUACUUUAUUUGAAUCCACAAAGCACAUUGCAGUCGGGAAGGAUUCAAACAUUUCAAAGGUCUGAACACAUGUGCCUACUUUAACGUAGCUGUGACUCUUCCAACCCAGACCACCGGCUUUUGCUGCAAUAGCCCGUCUGCACGGAGUGUGUGUCAUUGUGUCACGACUCGACUAGGGCUACAAAACAAGUGAGGAAUCCAAUACUGACGUGCGUCAAAGCAGAGCUGGACAGAUGUGAAAUCUUCAAGGGUUUUGAAAGGAGAGAGCUUUUAUGGGCAGACUGCCCCCACGAUUUUUCACCAGGGUGACAUUUUGAACUCGGAGCAGUCUUGAGUUGCAACAUGAAGGCACACGAAGUACCUGAGACAGGUGUUUAGUGACGUUUUGUACCCCUGUGCAUUUCAGUGUCUCACUAGAGCUCACAAGUGUUAUAGGUGGAUAAUACCUGAGUGGCAGCAGGUAGCCUAGCGGUAAAGAGCGUUGUGCCAGUAACCGAAAGGUCGCUGGUUUGAAUCCCUGAGCUGACUAGUUGAAAAAUCUGUCGAUGUGCCCUUGAGGAAGGCACUUAACCCUAAUUUCUCCUGUAAGUCGCUUUGGAUAAGAGCGUCUGCUAAAUGACUAAAAUGAACAAUUAUGUACGACCUGCACGUGCUAUAGAUAGAGAAAUUAGCCUGGUCCCAGUUCUUUUUGUGCAGGAUAGCCAACUGGUCAUUGUCACGAUAGGAGUAGGCUAUACAACCCAAACAGAUCUGGCACCAGGCUACAGAGCCAUAGGCAGAGUUUGGUCAACUACCCUCUAUGUUGGCACCAAAGUCCCUUCCACCCUCUCUCUUAAGGUGCUCGCCAGUCUCCGAACAGUCAGAAGCAACUUUACCGUCAUAACUCAUCUGCAGGAUCGGCCCAACAGGUGGCCGUCAGGCAGCAACCCUCCCUCAAUGCCUACUCAUACCAAGCCAAGCAUACCAGGUCAGUAGGUUACGCAUCUGAUCAUACCUCUUACAUGACUUCACAACAAUUGGUUUUCUUGUUCCCUGGUGUCUGCUGCACUCUGUGAAAAUAAUAAGUUCACAAGAACUGAAAAUUCAGUUUGAUUUGUUUGAUGCUACUGCCACAAUUGCAAGUAUUGUUUAUCUGUCAGCUUUACAUUGAUAACGGCAGUGCAGUGAGAAUGCAAAGAUGUAAAGAGAUAUACAGAAAAAUAUCUGUUUCUAUGUCCAUCCUUUUUUUUUGUGGGGGGGGGGGGGGGGGGGGGGGGGGUGCUAUAGACAAAUGUAGACACUGGUCCUAGUUUCUAUGGCAAUCCAAAAUGGCAUAGCUCGACACAAGUACUCAGGAGGACAUUUGUAGUAUUUGAAGCUGCCAUGGUUUGAGAAUUAGUUUUCACUGAUAACAAACCAGAGAAAAGAUGCAUUAAAUGUCUAGACAAUUAAUUGUAUAGUCUCUGGUUUGAAAUGGAGCCGUACAGUCUAAUGCCUGAUAACUUGAGGCCAGGUUUGCUGUAUAGCACUUUGUGACAUCUGCUGAUGUAAAGAGGGCUUUAUAAAUACAUUUGAUUGAAUUUGAUUGAUAACUGAAUACAGGAGUCAGGACCAUAGCCUGUGGGACUAUGGUAAAAUAAAAAGAAAGUGAUCACCCAUGCAUAGCCGCAGGAAGUAGGGGCGCUGAGGUUCCUGCAGCACCCACUUUAAAAUCAUAAUAAUAUAAAAUAAAAUAAAAAUAUGUAUAUUUUUUUAUACAUUUUUUUCACAAAAGUAUUGCACUGGGCCUUUACAAGUCCUGUAUUAGCAGACCAAUAAAGACGUCUGUUGCGGGCACAUUUCUUUCCAGCUUUGGCAAAAAAGGUAGUUGUAUAAUUAAGAACAGUAUCUUGCAGGAUUCAACAUUUGGAAUUGUAAGAGUUGUUGCUCUGUCCCUUUCUCUGCAAUAAUCAUUCUAAUGGAAUCCAAAAAGAAAACAUCCUGUCCUCAAACAUUUAUUUCAAAAGGUGCAAAGUUAUGGGAAAAGACCCAAAACAUCCACAUCAAAUUAAAUAUUUGUCUUGUUCAAAAACAUGGAAAACAACAACUUUUUGUGCAGUAUUAAUUUACCAUCCUUACAAACCACUUAAUGUAAAUGGCAUUACUGUAUUGUACAUAGGCUGGUCAACUAGGUUUGUACCUGUAGACUUUCCACCACCAUGAAAAAUACUAUGCACAAUACAGUAAUUGAGUACAUUGAGACAUCAAGUGGUUUGUGAUGAUGUGGUUUUGGGUUCGAUUCCCACGGGGGACCAGCACUCACUACUGUAAGUUGCUCUGGAUAAGAGUGUCUACUAAAAUGUAAAAGGAAUGAAUAGACCAUUUCAGUUUCCAUAUAGAAAUAAGUUGCAUUUGCAAAGUACUGUAUUUCAAGAAACUGGAAAACAUACAGUGCAUUCGGAAAGUAUUCAGACCCCUUGACUUUUUCCACAUUUUGUUACGUUACAGCCUUAUUCAAAUAUACACACAAUAUCACAUAAUGUGGAAACAGGUCUGUAGAAAUUUUAGCAAAUUUAUAAAAAAUAAAAACAGAAAUACCUUAUUUACAUAAGUAUUCAGACCCUUUGCUGUGAGACUCGAAAUUGAGCUCAGAUGCAUCCUGUUUCCAUUGAUCAUCCUUGAGAUGUUUCUACAACUUGGUUGGAGUCCACCUGUGGUAAAUUCAAUUGAUUGGACAUGAUUUAGAAAGGCACACACAGUUGACAGUGCAUGUCAGAGCAAAAACCAAGCCACGAGGUCUAAGAAAUUGUCCGUAGAGCUCUGAGACAGGAUUUUGUCGUGGGACAGAUCUGAGGAAGGGUACCAAAACAUUUCUGCAGCAUUGAAGUUCCCCAAGAACACAGUGGCCUCCAUCAUUCUUAAAUGGAAGAAGUUUGGAACCACCAAGACUCUUCCUAGAGCUGGCCGCCCGGCCAAACUGAGCAAUCGGGGGAGAAGGGCCUUGGUCACGGAGGUGACCAAGAACCCGAUGAUCACUCUGACAGAGCUCCAGAGUUCCUCUGUGGAGAUGGGAGAACCUUCCAGAAGGACAACCAUCUCUGCAGCACACCAAUCAGGCUUUUAUGGUAGAGUGGCCAGACGGAAGCCACUCCUCAGUAAAAGGCACAUGACAGCCUGUUGAAGUUUGCCAAAAGGCACCUAAAGGACUCUCAGACCAUGAGAAACAAGAUUCUCUGGUCUGAUGAAACCAAGAUGGAACUCUUUGGCCUGAAUGCCAAGCGUCACAUCUGGAGGAAACCUGGCACCAUCCCUACGGUGAAGCAUGAUGGUGGCAGCAUCAUGCUGUGGGGAUGUUUUUCAGCGGCAGGGACUUGGGAGACUAGUCAGGAUCGAGGGAAAGAUUAAUGGAUUACAGAGAGGAUCUGCAGAGAAGAAUGGGAGAAACUCCCCAAAUACAGGUGUGCCAAGCUUGUAGCGUCAUACCCAAGAAGACUUAAGGCUGUAAUCGCUGCUAAAGGUGCUUCAACAAAGUACUGAGUAAAGGGUCUGAAUACUUAUGUAAAUGUAACAUUUCAGUUUUAAAUUUUUUAUACAUUUGCUAACAUUUCUAAAAACCUGUUUUUGCUUUGUCAUUAUGGUGUAUUGUGUGUAGAUUGAUGGGGGGGGAAAACAAUUUAAUCCAUUUUAGAGUAAGGCUGUAACGUAACAAAAUGUGGAAAAAGUCAAGGGGUCUGAAUACUUUCCGAAUGCACUGUAUAUCAAGCAAGUAUUUUAUAUUCCCCAAACUAUCAGAUUAACUGUUUUGUACAGAUAAUUAUCAGACUCAAGUUACAAAUGCUAGUAAACCCUGAAAUACAAAUACAUUUAGUUUUUAAAAAAUCACAAAAGUAGUGCACUGGGCCUUUACUAGUCCUGUAUUAGCGGACAAUGCAAAAGUAUUCAUCCCCCUUGGCGUUUUUCCUAUUUUGUUGCAUUACAACCUGUAAUUUAAAUUGAUUUUUAUUUGGAUUUCAUGUAAUGGACAUACAUAAAAUAGUCCAAUUUUGUGAAGUGAAAUGAAAAAAAUAACUUGUUUAAAAAAAUUCAAAAGAAUAAAUAACGGAAAAGUGGUGCGUGCAUAUGUAUUCACCCCCUUUGAUAUGAAGCCCCUAAAUAAGAUCUAGUGCAACCAAUUACCUUCAGAAGUCACAUAAUUAGUUAAAUAAAGUCCACCUGUGUGCAAUCUAAGUGUCACAUGAUCUCAGUAUAUAUACACCUGUUCUGAAAGGCCCCAGAGUCUGCAACACCACUAAGCAAGGGGCACCACCAAGCAAGCGGCACCAUGAAAUGAAAUGAAAUGAAUGAAGACCAUGGAGCUCUCCAAACAGGUCAGGGACAAUGUUGUGGAGAAGUACAGAUCAGGGUUGGGUUAUAAAAAAAUAUCAGAAACUUUGAACAUCCCACGGAGCACCAUUAAAUCCAUUAUUAAACAAUGGAAGGAAUAUGGCACCACAACAAACCUGCCAAGAGAGGGCUGCCCACCAAAACUCACGGACCAGGCGAGGAGGGCAUUAAUCAGAGAGGCAACAAAGAGACCAAAGAUAACCCUGAAGGAGCUGCAAAGCUCCACAGUGGAGAUUGGAGUAUCUUUCCAUAGGACCACUUUAAGCCGUACACUCCACAGAGCUGGGCUUUAUGGAAGAGUGGCCAGAAAAAAGCCAUUGCUUCAAGAAAAAAAGAAGCAAACACAUUUGGUGUUCGCCAAAAGGCAUGUCGGAGACUCCCCAAACAUAUGGAAGAAGGUACUCUGGUCAGAUGAGACUAAAAUUGAGCUUUUUGGCCAUCAAGGAAAAUGUCUGGCGCAAACCCAACACCUCUCAUCACCACGAGAACACCAUCCCCACAGUGAAGCAUGGUGGUGGCAGCAUCAUGCUGUGGGGAUGGUUUUCAUUGGCAGGAACUGGGAAACUGGUCAGAAUUCAAGGAAUGAUGGAUGGCGCUAAAUACAGGGAAAUUCCUGAGGGAAACCUGUUUCAGUCUUCCAGAGAUUUGAGACUGGGAUGGAGGUUCACCUUCCAGCAGGACAAUGACCCUAAGCAUACUGCUAAUGCAACACUUGAGUGGUUUAAGGGGAAACAUUUAAAUGUCUUGGUAUGGCCUAGUCAAAGCCCAGACCUCAAUCCAAUUGAGAAUCUGUGGUAUGACUUAAAGAUUGCUGUACACCAGUGGAACCCAUCCAACUUGAAGGGGCUGGAGCAGUUUUGCCUUGAAGAAUGGGCAAAAAUCCCAGUGGCUAGAUGUGCCAAGCUUAUAGUGACAUACCCCAAGAGACUUGCAGCUGUAAUUGCUGCAAAAGGUGGCUCUACAAAGUAUUGACUUUGGAGGGGGUAAAUAGUUAUGCACGCUCAUGUUUUCUGUUUAUUUGUCUUAUUUCUUGUUUGUUUCACAAUAAAAAAUAUUUUGCAUCUUCAAAGUGGUAGGCAUGUUGUGUAAAUCAAAUGAUACAAACCCCCCCAAAAAUCCAUUUUAAUUCCAGGUUGUAAGGCAACAAAAUAGGAAAAAUGCCAAGGGGGGGUGAAUACUUUCGCAAGCCACUGUAGAUGUCCCAGUGGCUAGAUGUGCCAUUUGUUUUCUUCUGCAUCUUGGACAUUAACUUAAGGAUCUGGGGCUCAGUCUAGAACUUCUAGACUAGGGCCUGGAUGGGAUGGUCUCUGGUGGUCUCUCUCAGGGAUUUAACAGUAGACUGACCUUUGACCCCCUCAGAGGAGCCCUACCAGAAGCUGGCCAUGGAGACACUGGAGGAGCUGGACUGGUGUCUGGACCAGCUGGAGACCCUGCAGACCCGUCACUCAGUCAGCGAGAUGGCUUCCAACAAG